AUGACAUUUUUUGCUGAGACAACCCCUUCACUAGAAAAGAAAACACACAAGUCUGUACAACAAGCAGAAAUCAAAUUGGCUGGAUAUUUUGCGGAACACAACAUUCCAUUUUUGGCAUCGGAUCAUUUAACUGACCUAUUAAAAGAGAUAUUUCCUGAUUCAGAUAUUGCAAAAGUGAUGUCAAUAAAACGUACUAAGACUACUGCCAUUAUUAAAAACGUUAUUGGUGCCACUCAAAAAAAUGAACUUGCCAACAUCUUAAGAAAUGUACACUUCAGCAUACUAACUGAUGAGUCAACUGACAUCGGAACCAUUAAAACAUCAUGUGUAGUUGUACGAUAUCAUGAUAAAAGUUCAAAACGGAUUGAAAGUACAUUUUGGGAACUGCACAACGUGUUCGAUACUAAUAAUCCAUCUUCGGCAACCGCUGAACAUGUAUAUAAUGGCUUAAUAAAAACACUUGGUGAUUUUAAUAUACCAUUAUCCAAUAUAAUUGGUUUUGGUUCAGAUGGUUACAACGUGAUGAUGGGGGAGAAUAACUCUGUUGCUUCCUUAUUGCGUGUCUCUUGA